AUGUCAUCGAGGCCAUUUGAAAGUCCGCCGCCUUAUCGACCCGAUGAAUUGUAAAUAUCUGUUUUUCUUUUCUCCGUGCUAGUUCAAAUUAUUGUUGAUAACUAGUGUACACUGUUAAAGAUAAGAAUUCUGGCAGCUCCCAACAUUAAUUGUAUAAACAGUAGAUGCAGUUUAUGCUAGCUACUUUGUCACUAAAACAAUACAUAUUUUGAAAAUUAAAUUAUAUAAUGGUUGUAACCAUAAAGCAGACACCAUUUUAAAGCUCAACAUAGGUACUCUAUGUGUGUGGACGUACACUUCCUAUUGAGAAUCAAGGGCAUAAGGGGGGUAGACUAUCCUGCCCCUGCUAUAAAUUGUACAGCCUUAGAAUAGAGAGAGCAUUGUUAAAUCCACUGUAUAUAUGGAGAGAUUUCAAAAUGGUUGUGACAAUACAAUGGUGGGAGAGGUUAGCUGAUUGAUGGUGAAAAUAAGUUUCCUUGGCAAGCAGGUUUGUGGAUUUCAUAGCAAACUCAAGUCUUGCUGAAACUGAGUCCGUAUUUUAUUUUAAUUAUCACAUUUACAUACCACCUUUAUCUUCCAAAGAACUCAAGGUGGUGUGCAUGGUUCUCUUCCUUUCCAUUUCCUCCUCACAACAACGCUGUGAGGUAGGUUAGGCUAAGAGAUGGUAACUGGCCCAAGGUCACCCAGUGAGCUGCAUGGCUGAAUGGGGAUUUGAACCCUGGUCUCCCAGGUCAUAGUUCAACAUUCUAACCAUUAUGUCAUGCAACUGAGUGGCUUUAAAAAAAAAAGAAGUACACUCUAGCUACAGAAUGCAUCUAGCCCAUCGUCUUCAGAUUGGCUUAUCCAAUCAUCCCUCUUCUUAAAACACAGCUUAAGUUUGGUAGAAGGCUGCUGGAAUGCAAAUAUAAUCUGUGCAGAUCUGUUAGCCCACAGUACCUAGGAAUUGUCACCAUAAGGUGGAAAUAAAUUCUGUGUUUAAAUCUGGUAAGACUUGUCUCCAUGUAAGGCGCUUAAGGUCAAGGAGUCAUUGCUUAAUGUGAUAACAGUACUGUCGAUCUUUGCUGUUUCUGCAUAUUGCGACUGGUGAAGGUUUCAACACCUGCACUUUUUGUGUUUAAAAACGUGUAUGUUUUCUGGCAGGAGAUAUUUACUGAAUAACUGAAUAUUUAAUAAUGUGCAAAGAAUUGUCUGCUUUCCAGCCUUGUGAGCUGGAGGUUUGACUGUACUUUCCUACUGACUGGAAUGUUGCAUUGGAAAUGACUGGCAAAAGUACAAUUUACUUACUGACAGAGAGGAAGUUCAUGGGGGAAGGAUGGUUUUUCUGUGCCGAUUGUGAUAGCAUGUGUCAGCCUCCCACAAUCUGGGGAACCUUGAGUGUUUACUGGGGCUGAUGGGUUUCCAAAACACCUGGACUGCACUUGGUCAGGAAAGGGUGGUCCACAGAGGCCUUUGUUUUCUUGCCCACAUGAGUGACUGGGAAGAUUCAUCAAAUUCUGUUUCUAUGUUAGUGGACAGGACUAGUUUGGAAAAUGUGCUUGACCAGUCUUCAGCUACUAUAGUUUGGUAAUGUGAUGCUUUUCUCAAUCCAGUGCAAUGACGUCAUUAAGCCUGUGAUGGCAUUCCUAUGGGCAUGCUUGUUCCUACAGGUCAUUCCAACCUGUGGGCUUUGCCUCUCAUAAACUUAAAUACAGAAGGAACUUCACAUUGGCAUUAUGGCUGAAGAUGUAUUCUUCUUUUAGAAAGCAUCCAGCUUCCCUCCCAAAUACCACCCUACCUAUUACCGUAUUUAUGUGAAUCUAAUGCACCAGCGAAUCUAAUCUGCACCCUAAUUUUUGCGAUGUAAUUUCUCCAAAAAAGGUCACGUUACAUUUGAGCAAAUAUGGUAAUUGAUUUUCACUUGCUACAGAGAUGACAAUGGGAUGAUCUGUGGGACAGAUUUUUUUAUAACAGUUUUUUAUAAAAUUCUGAAAGAUUGUAAUUUUCUUAUAAACUGCUAUAUUACAAUCAUAUUCUUGUAUGUACCGUAUUUUUCGCCCUAUAGGACGCACUUUUUCCCCUCCAAAAAUGAAGGGGAAAUCUGGGUGCGUCCUAUGGGGCGAAUGCAGGCUUUCGCUGAAGCUUGGAGAGCGAGAGGGGUCGGUGCGCACCGACCCUUCUCGCUCUCCAGGCUUCAGGAAGACAUCCGCAGCCUAGGCAGCCCUGCAGGAGGUCCCGCAGGGAUGUCUAGGCUGCGGAUAGCAGCUUGCUUCCCGGAGUGCCGGGCGCCCUGAAAGCAGAGCGCCCGGCGCUUCGGGAACACAUCCGCAGCGUGGGGAGCCCUGCAGGAGUUCCCCGCAGGGCUCCCCAUGCUGCGGAUAGCAGCCUGCUGCCCGGCGGGCGGGGCGCCCUGAAGCAGAGCGCCCCGCGCGCCGGGCAGACAUCCGCAGCGUGGGGAGCCCUGCAGGAGUUCCCCGCCGGGCUCCCCACGCUGCGGAUAGCAGCCUGCUGCCCGGCGGGCGGGGCGCCCUGAAGCAGAGCGCCCCGUGCGCCGGGCAGACAUCCGCAGCGUGGGAGCCCUGCAGGAGUUCCCUGCAGGGCUCCCCACGCUGCGGAUAGCAGCCUGCCUCCCAGCGGGCGAGGCGCCCUGAAGCAGAGCGCCCCUCGCGCUGGGCAGACAACGGCCAGCCCCACAAGCUCGGGGGACAACAGGGAGGCGCAGCGCCGUCAUCCCGCUGUUCCUCGACCUUGUUCGGUUUCCCCUACCUGCUUUUGGGGGGGAAAUAAAGGGAACAAAAUUUCCUUUAUUUCCCCCCCAAAAAAACUAGGUGCGUCCUAUGGGACGGAGCGUCCUAUGGGACGAAAAAUACGGUAAUCUUAAUUAAUGAAAGGUCUUUUGUCAUAUUUUUGUUAGAAGGUGCUUUUGUGGUUGUUUCUCUCUCUGCAAUAGUGUUAAAGAAUAGGAGAUGUUAGAAAAUUCAGUAUAAAUGGCUUUUCAGUAUUUUUAAGCUAAUGCAGGUGAACGUCGUCACAAGAUACAAAACUCAUGCCAUGUCAAUUAUAAAAUUGUCUUGUGGCAUUUUAGAGGUUGCUUUCAUUUUUAAAAUACAGUAGGAAAGGGUAAUCACCUGUUCCUGUAUUUAAAAAGGGACAGUACUUUCUCAUUUCCCAACCACUUGGAGGCAUUUUGCAUUCAAGCGGUAUAUAACUUUUAUGAAAUAAAAUACAUUUUGGGGUUUUUAACUCACUCACACAUACAAUAUGCAAUAAAUCUGGCUUACCUGAAAGAGUUUAUUGCACCCAUACCUGUGUUCAUAAAUGUGGGAAGGGAAAUCUCUUUCCUCUGCCCCACAACCCACUUGUAGUCUUAUUAUGGGCAGAAAAAUGCCACUUGUCGUACUUUGUAUUCAGUUACAUGUGCUCAAAUGUAAAACCAACAGGUAGAAAAUCCAUCCAUGGCAUGUGGAGGACUCUACCCUUCUGCAAGCAGCUGUCCAGCUGUGUGCUCCCAACUCUUUCUGCUCAGCACUAAUCAGGGCUGAGUGUGCAAGUGCCCCACUUCACAGCACUAUGGAGUGCCCAGCAUGGGAACUCCUGUUGCCCUCCAGCCCAUGCCACUUAUAGAGAGAUGGUGAACACCUGUUCUGUGGAACAGACAGCGGCAGAGGCUCAAGCACCAAGAGGUGUGCUGGAGAGGGAGAAUGAAGCUUGAUUCCAAGAGGUGGGAGAGGUUGCUGAAAUGAAAGCUACAGAGCUGUGUUGGUGGAGGGGAGAGGAAGGUGCAGCAGGGGCCCACUCCCCAUAAGCUCAGAAGCAGGGUAGGGGGUGAUCUGAAUGGUGUUCUGCCCCAUCAGAGAUGUUCAUUUCAUCCAUCCUGCUCCUUUUCCAGCAUUUAGAAAGUGACCAGUAUGCAAGGAGCCAUCACCACUGUUUACUGCAAGGUGUAUGUGUACACACAUACAACCCCUACUCCACCCCAUCCCAGUCAGUUUUGGCUAGCCAGGCAGCAGCAACUUAUGGCUGAGCACAAGUAAGUUAUGUAAGGUUUUAGAAAGUGGGUCAGACUCACCCUCUGCAGAGUCCUUUGAACAUGCAGCUGGAAUGGGAGAUGGAUGCCAACCCUUGUGCAGCCUCUUGCUUGCCAUAUAUUGAGUGCAGUGUCAGACAAAGACCCUGUCGUCCAAGGGUAGGAUUCGGACAACAAAUUUUGGAUUGACUACUAAGGCCAGUCAAAGUUUGUGAAAUGCUGUACAGAAUACAUGCAUACCAUAUAAUGUAUAUUUCAAACAUGGCAGAUGUAAUUCUUUAUUGUAAUUGAUAAGUGUAAACAGUUUUAUUAUUACUUGCUGAUGUUUAAUUUUAGUGUUUACUAUCGGAUUCUAAUGCAUUAUUGCAUACUACUUUAUUUGGUAUAAGUUGUUUAUUUUAAACAACUUUUUGUGACUUGGUAUAUAAUAUCUGAUUGUUACUAUUUAUGUUUGAUGUUUUAUUAUUACUUUUGUGUUUGUUGGAAGCUACCCAGAGUGGCUGGGUAACCCAGCCAGAUGGGCAAGGUAUAAAUAUAAUAAUAAUAAUAAUAAUUAAUAAUAAUAAUGCUGUAUUCUAUUAUAAAAGACAGUAAUUAAAUGAUUUUCAGAGGUAUCUAGGGAAAUUAAUAUUUCAUAUUUUAAUAGCGGUUCAUAAUAAGGCGUGUGUUUUUUUGGAUUUUUGCAGCAAACCUUCACACUAUGUACCAAGCAAUAAUGCGUAUGGUGGUGAAUUCCAUUCUCAGCCAAUGUACUCUCAGCCUGCAUAUUCCUACUAUCCGGAAGAGGAAGUUCAACACUUCUACAAAUGGUCGUCCCCUCCAGGAAUAAUCAAGAUCAUGUCGGUUCUCAUAAUAGUGAUGUCCAUUGGCAUCUUUGCAUGUGUUGCAUCCACGUUGGCUUGGGACAUGGAUAUGUAUGGAACUGGCCUGGGAACUGGUCUGGGAACUGGUAUGGGAACUGGCUAUGGCUAUGGUAUGGGAUCUGGCUACGGCUAUGGUAGCUCCCUUGGUGGCUUUGGAAGUUCUUAUGGCUAUGGCUAUGGAGGAAAUUAUAUUGAUCCACGAGGAGCAAAAGGCUUCAUCAUUGCAAUGGCAGCUUUUUGCUUUAUUGCUGGAUUAGUGGUUUUUGUAACGGGCGUUACCAAGACUAGCAUAGCCAGGUCAAGGAUGUAUUACCUCCUCCUGAUAAUAGGAAGCUCCAUCUUCCUCUUUUUGGUAUUUAUCGCGGCCAUUGUAUAUACACUAGCAGUGAACCCAACUGCACAAGCUUCUGGAUCGAUGUACUACAAUCAGAUUUAUGCCAUGUGCAGCUCCUUUUACAAUCCUACAACCACUGGAGUCUUUGUGAAUCAGUACUUGUAUCACUACUGUGUGGUGGAACCUCAGGAGGUAUGUAGAUGCGAUAAUUAAGAAAUUCAAAAUGCAAAAUACUAGUUGUAUUUCAGUCCUGAAUCAAAUGGUGUGCUGAAUAAUAAUGCUAAAACUAGUUUUGUAAUUGAGCUAUUAUUGAUUAGCUUAUACUGGUGGCUAUUUAGCUAACCUUGGGAAGCUUUUGCAAGAAUGUGAUUAUUCUCUCUUUUUUAAUACUGUCUAUACUGCUCUAGAGAGGAUUCAGAUGAUUAAUUGGAGGCCUAGACCUAGUGAGUAGGGGUUAUCCUAUGUAGAUUCAGGGUUUCAACAUGGCUUGACUGGUUUUAUUUACUGGAGUUGCAUUGCACCUCUAAAUCUUGAGUUCAGAUCUAUGUAUCCUGAUUUAAGCCCUACUUGAAUUAUUGAAACACUUGUUAGGAAGCAGCUGGAGCCUACAAACCCUGCUAAUCCUUUUAGCUGUUCCUUUUAUGGGUUUGUCUAUGUUGAUCCUUAAUUGAAUAACCUGUGCUAGCUGUCCUGGGCAAUUAUGUUCAUGGACAGUAACUCAACUCUGCAGACAUAUUGAAUGGUCUUGGAGAAAUUUCAAUUCUCCAUUUGUUUGUUUGUUUGUUUAAAAAAAUCAAUCGGUCACCACCUAGGAUUUUUGCAAAAAUCUCAAGGGGAUUAAUAAAAAUAAUUUUAAGUGAAAGUAUGGGGAUGCUAAAUAGCUGCAGUCAUAUUUUUUUGAUUGCAAGAAUGCAAUUAUUUGCUUCUGCCCAAGGAAGUUAAAGGCUAAGCAUGAAAAAUUUUGCUCAAAUCCCUCUCCCACUCCCCCUGGCAACAGCCUGAUCUUAAAACAUUUUUCUCACAAGAAAGUUCUGCUCAGCCUUGCCUUCCAAUUAAGAAAAUUUUGCAGAAGUGAAUGUGAAGGAAAUGGCUCUUUGUUUCUUUUCUGCCCUAUGAUACACAAAAGUAGGCUGAAGGCUGAAAUAAAGAUGGGCCCCUAUCAUGGGGAGCUAGUUCAGAACUGGCAGAACAGGAGCCAACCAAUCAAAGUAUGAGCUUAUGUCAGAUGACCUCCCCCCAAAUAUUUGAGAAUUGCUUCUUGCAGUAGCCGACAAGUCGCUGCUGCUUACCAGGAGGAAGAUGUUAGCACAGUGCAAACACACCAGCAGGAGCACUUCUGUAGCUCCACUGGUGCUGCCACCUUGCCCCUCCCACUGUUCUCCUGAGAAACAGGGUGAGUGCCUCUGCUCCACCAUGCCAUCUGCAACUGGUUUCUUGCAUUGCUGUUGAUAAUUGGGAACCUGUUCCUGAGCACAAAAAAGACUUUUUAAAAAGAUCACAUGUAUUCAUAUACUGUGGAUUUUGCCAGUAAAGCACAGGCAGGUGUGGAUUCAUACUUCUCAGUUAAUGAGAUUGCCCUAGGACACCUUAUUUUUAAGCACUAGGUUCACCUAAUUGAGCUAAGCAUUUCUUCUUUUUUUUUAAAAAAAAGACUGUUAGAAAGGCAGGUAUCUCUAAAUUAUCCUUUACCUUUCAUUAUUCCUUUCUUAAUCCUAUGAAAGUCUGAGUUUCUGAAUAUAGAGUAUAUCAAGUUUGAGGAAUGGCUUGCCUAAAUAAGUGUAAGGAAUUUCUACCUGCAUUGAGAUCCCGAGUAAUUUACGAUGCACUUUGCAUACCAAGUCCUGUCAUAAUCAGUUUUUGCAACAAUCUUACGAGGUGGGCCACCAUUUUAACUAUUCUGUUAAGUGCAGUUAAGUAACCAUGGCUAAAAGAGUAAGUUGCUUAAGACCAAUGUGUUUCUGUCUCAUUGUUACUUGUAGUUUUGAAAGGAAUAGAUAGUCGAAUUUAAGACUUAUCUUUGUUCUGAUUUGUUGCAUUUUAAAACUCCUAUUGAUCUGUUCCUUUCCUAGGCUAUUGCCAUUGUAUUGGCCUUCCUCCUUGUUGUAGCUUUUGCCAUAAUAAUAUUCUUUGCAGCAAGAACCCGAAGUAAAAUGAAUUACUAUGGCAAAGUGAAUAUCCUGUGGGACCACGUAAAAAGUUAUGAAGAGGCUCCCAAUGUAGAAGAGUGGGUAAGUUAUGUUUUAAUAUUUUAUUUUGGAAUUUUUGUCUUCAAUAAUUGUGAGCCUGCAUUAAAGAUUAUAUAUGUGCAUUAGCGACUACAAUUCUGAAGAAUCAUUAAGUUUAGUGAUUAUAUGAAGUUGUGUUUUUUUAAAACCCACCUCCUCAGCAUUAUUUCUUGAGGCAGCAGGGUUCAUUCUUGAUAGGAGUCUAGGGAAGACAACGCGUUUUUAUCUCUUUGUUGCACAAUGGUUGUGCUGGAUAGGUUUGUAGCAUGUAAAAUUGCAGUUUGCACUCAGAAUGAACAACUAAAUGAGUUGUUCACUACGGGUGUGGUGUGUUCUGGGCAGAGAAAAAUAUCCCAGGUCAUAUACAGUCCAGAAUUGGCCCUUGGAUUGUGUUUUGCUGGUGCUGUUUACAAAGUCUAAAUGCUCUUUUGGAAUAUAAAUACUAAGAAUUUUCAAUGUAACUUCAGGUAAUUUGAGAGGUGGUAGUACAACAUUUGAGAUAACGAUGCAAAUGUUAUAAAUGCAAGGCUGAGCAUUUAAAAUACCUGCACUGUAAUAUAAAAAGCAACCCACCUCCUUAUGCUGGAGGUGCUUAAUUAACUAGGAAAAUGACUCAGUUUAAUGCUUGCUCUUUUAUGAGUACAGUAUUCACUGUGCACUUUGAUAUUUUAUGACUUGCACAUGACACGGACUUCGUUUGUCCUUUAUCCAUCAGGCCAGUGUAAAGGGACUGACUGCUUCAUAUAGUGCCUUACAUGAUAUGAAGCAAAUGUUUCGGUGAGACAGUUUCGGGGCGUGUUCUUUACUAGCUAAUGAACUUGUUUACUCAUGUUUCACUCUGCCAGGGGAAGCGCGGGUGAAAAAAAAACCCUGAGCCAAAUAACAAAUCCCAGUGAAUAACUAUACAGUACCUGUAGCUUUUUGUCUUUACCAGAGAUCAGAUAUCCCAAGCAGAAAAUUAUGGCUAACUUCUGAUAUUUGAGGUGGCUUUUUGUGAAGAACUACAUUAACACUUUAGAGGAAAUCUCUACUGUUUUAAUGGCGGGGGAGUUCUGAGGUUCACUUAUAUGUAACUGAAUUUUUAAAAAAAUGACACUUUGUUCAGGUGCACCCAGAAAAUCCACAAUGACCAAUUUAGAAUUAUCCAGAUAAAGUACUAAAUACUCACGGAGCCUUUUAUACUGCAUGUUCCAAGCUCUGCAACUUGUUACAGCCUAGAACUGUGGUUGACCAGAGUUAUUAAUAGAUCAAGCAGAAAGUAGUGGGAUUGGAUGUAUAUUGCCUUUUCGAUGUCCUGGAAAUGGUCAAGGUCAACCAUGACUUGAGAGUAACGUAUUAACAACACUGCUCAUUCAUGCUUAACCAGGUGUGGCUGACUUGUGGUCCUCUAGAUAUUGCUCAAGUAAAACUCACAUCAGCCGCAGUCAUAAUUACAAUUGAAAAGGAAUGGGGGCGGGGAAUUCAGCAACAUCUGGAGACAACAGCUUAGCCAUCUCCAAAAACUAUGAAAAUCUGUCAUAGUUACUGUUGUCGAGUAGUAUAUUCAAUGCCUUAUCUAGCACUCUGUAUAUUCAAGUUGUAAAGCCAGGUUAGGUGGGCUGUCACAGCUUUUAGAGUGCACAUAAAAACACUCUUAUAUCACCAUACUUCAAAUGGUAAUUAGAAACAGUUGUAGCAUUCUCUCAUUUUGUGGCGGGGGGGGGGGAGGUUUAAAAAAAGUCUUCCUCUUCACAUUUUGUAAUGUAGUCGUACCUUGGAAGUCAAACAGAAUCCGUUCCAGGGGUCCGUUCGACUUCCAAAAUGUUCGAAAACCAAAUCGCAGCUUCUCAUUGGCUGCAGGAAGCUCCUGCAGCCAAUCAGAAGCCAUGGAAGCCCUGUCAGAUGUUCGGGUUCUGAAAUAACAUUCACAAACUGGAACAACACUUUCGGGUUUGCGGUGUUUAGGAGGCAAAACGUCUGAGUUCCAGGGCGUUCGGGAUCCGAGGUACCACGGUAAAGGUAAAGGACCCCUGACAGUUAAGUCCAGUUGCAGAUGACUGGGGUUGCGGCGCUCAUCUUGCUUUACAGGCCGAGGGAGCUGGCGUUUGUCCACAGACAGUUUUCCAGGUCAUGUGGCCAGCAUGACUAAGCCACUUCUGGCGCAACAGAACACCGAAACCAGAGCAGUGCAUGGAAACACCAUUUACCUUCCCGCUGGAUAGGUACCUAUUUAUCUACUUGCACUGUUUGGCAUGAUUUCAAACUGCUAGGUUGGCAGGAGCUGGGACCGAGCAAUGGGAGCUCACUCCGGGGUGGGGAUUCGAACCGCCAACCUUCUGGUCGGCAAGCCCAAGAGGCUCAGUGGUUUAGACCACAAUGCCACCUGUGUCCCUUACCAUUGUACAAUAUAUCAACCUAAAAUGAAAUACAUGAUUAGGUUUCUGAGAUACAUGGAUGAGUGUUUGGAUACAUCCACAUGUCAGAAAACCGAUAACCUACCUUUUACUUUGGCAUAUGCUGAUUUUGACCUAGUUUUGGCAGUAAUCAUAAACUAGACGUGCAGGGGAAAUGAGGGUACCAAGCUUCCCGGGACUUGCAUAACAUUCCUCUGUGCAGGAUGUACCAUGUGCAGUAACACCACCAAUACUGGGCCAGUUUCUGUAAUGGCAAACCAUGGUUUUGCGUUGCAUGAGCAAGCCUCAGGCUUGCAUGCACCCUCCCCUUUUUACCAUGUUCCACUUAAUAAGUUUCUUUCAGGAUUGCAGCCAAUCAUGACUUGCUUUUGCAUAUUUAACAGCAAACUAUAUUUGCCAUAACUCAGGAAGUGUCAGGGAGAGGUGUGAGCAUAUAUGUAAAUACAGGCUUCAUUCCUGCAUUGCUAAACCAUAGUUUGUCUUGUAUAUUUAUUGAAUUGAUGGGAUCAACAGGACUUCCGGAGUUGAUUAUUCAGUGCCUCGGUGUCUUACCACAACCAUUAUAUAUGUCCUCAGGCUUACUUUACACAGUAAAUAGACAAACUUGGGUUUACAACCAAACAUAUUCUCAACUGGGAGUUGCAGCCAAUCAUGGAUGAUACAUGUGUUUGCAUUCAGACUUCAUAUUUUAGGUGUGCCCUUUUAAAUAUAAUGCGAACCACCAUACUCUGGUAUCUGCUUGUUCUUCAUCACUCUUUAAAGCUAGAGGUCAUGCAUGGAUUUCAGUUAUGCCAAACAAGAGGAUGACUUGCUGCAGCUCUUAUAACUUAGGGAAAUAGUCUUGUUUACCAUGAUUUGCACGUUCUCUUUUUUUUUAUGCCGUAGUUCCCACAAGAAUCCUGCUUCCAGCUAACAUGCUAAUAUGUGCAAUCACUUUAGGUGAAUUUAGGCAGUUGAAAAUUUUCUAGUCUCCGCCAUAGGGAAAAUCAGUUUGGUUCUCAUGUAGUACUGAUUCUUUACACGCUGGGUCAACAAACCAGCUAAACUAAAUAAGUGAGUUCCUUUGACCUUAAGUCAAUAGAUGAAAUUUGUGCCAUUCCAGUUCUCAGGGUUAAAUGGUUACUGGAGCUAUUCCUUGAAAAAGGGUUGUUGUGUUAAUUGGACAGCUAUCUUUCGUUUGUGGUGUGUGGAAAGUAGAUUAAGUUUGAAAAGAAUACAAUGACUGGGUACAUAAGUGAAAAUAGUGCUUUCCUAGAAACAUUAGUAAAGAAAGAGCUGUAGCUCCAUGAUGGAGCCACCCGCCUUACAUUCAGACUGUCUUACAUUCAGACUGCAGAAGGCUCUUCGCAAGCCCUGCAUAGGAGGUCCUAACAAUCAUCAUCUGGCAUCAUUGUGAUAUCAGGUGAUUGACCAGUGAGUGACUCUACCCAUCUCUCUCCUUUGCCCCACAAGGGGAGAGAUAAGGAGCAGAUUUUGUCCAGCACACUUAGUCUACUUGGUCAUGAUGGCCAGAAUGGGGAAUUCCUUGCUCGGCAUAAUCCGCUUAGUCCGUACUCUGUUGGCUUUCCACUGUAGGCAGACCACCUUUUCCAGCUUGGUUUUUGUUUUUCUUUCCUCUGGUGUCCUGCAUUAUGCAUUGCCAUUGUUUUGGCUUUGUUAUUGUAUAUGCCUUUAAAAAAACCAACAGCAUUAAUCACCUUUAACACGGUGUGUCCAAGGUAGAGAGAAAGAAUAAGAAAUUCAGUAUAAAUUAAAAUGAGUAUGAGCUGUCCUCCAGCACUGUUUGUGUUUUGGAAAGAUGAAAUUAUUUCAUCUGGAACGUCGCACUUCUCCCCCUCCUUUUCCCUCUUAAGUAGCUGCUUCUGUGCUCUGGAAAACAUAGCUGACAAAGCUAUGCUAUGGCUGUGAAGAGAUGUAGGCUUUCAGCAACUCUGUAUGAAGUUUUAAACCUCUGGAGAACUUGGAGCCAAAAGCUUUUUGUCAUAUUAGUUCUACAUAGAGCAAACUGUGGAAGAAUGCCAUUUUUUUGGGGGGGGGAAUACCUUUCCCCUUAAACACUCUUAACAAAUAUCCAUGUAAAGUUUGAAAAACCAGUCAAACUGCUCUUUCCCUCCCUCCUUCCUCUGCCCAAAAGAGAUCGUGAGAUGAAGACACAUAGCACUCCAUAUCUAAUACUGAAUAUCAGAUGGAAUUUGAGAAGAAAGUAGUCCCUUUGUGAAAGUAGUUACACCCAGCCUCUUGGAUGGGGUUGUUGGUAUCCCUCUGUCUCGAGAGACAAUGGAUUGUGCCUCCAUGGGUGAAGGCAAACUGCUCUGUUAGUAGCAUGGAAGUGACCUUCCUGAGGUGCAAGCCUAGGUAGUGUGUAUGGAGGUCUUGGGCUGCCCAGAUGACAAGACCCCCCUCUCCUGAUGUGGUCCAAAGGAGCAGCAGCAACAACAACAAAUUUUAUUAUUUGUACUUCACCCAUCUGACUGGGUUGCCAUAGCCACUCUGGGCAGAUUCCAACAAAUAUAAAAGCAUAAUAACACCAGACUUAAUGCUUCCCUAUUCAUUUGGCACCAGCUUGGCUGCAGGGGUCACUGGAAAGAGGUGUACAAGGCGCCACCUUAGGGACUCCACUCCGGAUUUCUGUAAGGUUUACUCCUUUGCCUUUUCUUCUCCCAAGGCAGUGGAGGUUUUGACUGUAUACUCACAGAACAAAUGUCUAUGCACACCAUUUUACAAAAUGCUGAGAUUAGAACCAUGGUGCUUUCUAUUGUGGUAUCCAGAUACUGGCAGGGAAUAUUUUGCCCCAUUGGUUAAACUGCAAAUCACUGCAGCCCCAUGCAGCUUUGAAGCCAGUAUGAAUUUGAUAAAACCCUGUAACUCAGGGGUGGAAAAUAUCAGCCUGUGUAUCAGCCAGAUGUAGCCCCAGGAUCCUCCUCAUUUGCAUCAUAAGCAUCCCCUUCUUGCUGCACCCCUGCCCUCCAGCUAUCAGGCUUGAAAAAAAGCCUUCAUUUAUAUACAAUUGUCCCCUGGGGUGGCCAUUGUAAACCUUUCCUUCCCCAGCCAGGACCCCCUGUGCUGCAAUUAGGCUUGAAAGACUUCCAAACAACAGAAGCCUAAUUGUGAUGUAGGAGAGGGGCUUUCUCUCCCCCGCCCUCCAGGCAGAGCUUGGGAGGAGAGUUAACCCUUCAUUCCCCAACUGUGAUCCCAGAAAAUCCCUGCUUGCAGGUACGAGUGAAAUAAGGUUUCCUUUCCAUGCUAAUUGUUGUUUGGGGUUUGUUACUUUAAAAGCUUUUAAAAGCACUCUUUUUAAAAAAGCAUGUGUGAGCAGGGGGUGGGGUAGCCACACCCCACUUUUGGCAUGCAGCCCUCCUCCCCCAAGUUAGACAACAGGAAAUGCAGCUUUUGAGCUGAAGAAGGCUCCUCGCCAAUACUUAGCCAUCAAUCUCUUGUGGUCAGAGCUGCUCCAAUCCAUGCAGAGAAAUUUCUUAAAAGAGAAUUACGUGUGUUCUGUGUCUCUCUUCUGUGCACUCCAUAUGUAACUUCUGCCCCACCUCAGAAUGGCACGACUGGAAUUAUUUAGCAAGAUGUCACAGCUGCCCCCACCCACCCUGUUUUUAUAUCAUGGUGCCAUAUAGUUAGAAUUGUUUUUACAAAUUCUGCCACCUUGGGCUGAACAUUCCUGAGACUGGGUGAUUUGUUCAUGCAUCAGCCUGGAAACUGACCUGGAUGGCUCUGGAUUGAUAUCCUGGGUCUUGCCUUCAGCCAGCAUGCCUGGGGGUCGGAGCCGCCUCAUGGGAAGCUCUUUGAACUGAGAAGUUGGCUGAUAAGAAAGCCAGUCACUCAAGGGAGAGGCACUUGGAUUCUGCUCUGGGUAGCCUGCUUUGGGUGAGGUCAAUGAGGGUGUAGAGAGCUGAGCCUUUUCUGUGGAAUGCAUUUCCCAGAGUGGGCUGCCUGGCUCCCUUGGUGAUAGCUUGUUGCUGACAGGUGAAAUUGUGGCUCUCAUUGAAAGCUUUUUCUACUGGCUGACUUGGUUUGUGUGUUUAAGCUUGCUUAAGCUUUUAAUUAGCCAGUUAUGUUUUGAUGUCUGAGUUAUUCCUGGACUGCUGUGUUUGUUUGUUUGUUUUUCAUUUUCGUGCGAUAGUUGUUUAUAUGGAUUUUUUUUAAUGAACCUUAAUGCUACCAUGUGUGCAUUUCAUCACCUGCUGUUGUUCUACAGCAGAGAAGGUGACUAAAUGCCUGUAUUUUCCUGAUGAGUCAAGAAAGGGGAUUCCCCAGUGGGAAGCUCUCGGGUGUUCUUGGUGUGGGAUACUGGGAAUUCUCAGGCUCCAUCAACAGGCAUGCAAAAAUCACUGCAAUAGGUCCAAUUCAAGUAAACAGUUGUGGUAGCAGGAACCGGUACAACGAGUCCUGCUAGAACAAUGGGUCUCCCCCCGUCUCCUACCCCUGGGCACCCGGGUGCCCCCCAAACAGCUCUGGGAGAACCUCAGAACAGUACACAAGGGGCAGGGAAUAGCAUUUGUCCUAGUAAGCAGAAAUGCUUGUGCUGACGAGCAGACAUAAUAGUGAGAUGUUGAAUUCAAGUUCAGCAUUUGUUCCAGUUGUAGUCCCAUGUGUGAGGGGCUGUUGAGAAUGACUUCUAGAAAGGUGUCUCAUCUCGGAUCUCUUCACCUGUGGGUCAGACUAAGAAGACAUGAUUACUAUGCACCCCAUUCUGCAAGUCUCACUUGCACAUUGCUGUAUGCACCAAAGAAGGGACAGGAAUGCGCAUUACCUGUUUGGUUUCCCCACUGCAGCAACCCCCUAAACCCCUAUUCAGGAAGCUGUCACCUGCACACGCACAACAGCUGUUGAACUGUGGUUUAAGUUAGUAAAUUGGAUGGAAGCUGGUAUGAGGCACUAAACAGCAGUAUUUCUCAAACCCCUACAGGAUAGAUAUUCAUAGUGGCUAAUGUCAUGCGUACACAGUUUCAAACACCAGCAACGGGAGCGCACUGGAGCCAGAGUGAAUCUGUACAAAGCCUUAUUCUCAACAUGCACAUUUGAGGCAGGCUUCGUUUGGUGCGAAAUUUUGGCAUUUGAAAAAUGCAUAAUUCUCCCUUGAGUGUAGUUGCUUAUUAUAACCUCUUUGGGCAGAGAGAGCUGGCAGGCAACCUGUUCUUUAGUGCUGCAUUGUGGGUUCAGCUCUCUACUGUGGAGUCUAAUCCUUUCUUUAAAUACACAUUUUGUGCCAUUUUAGAAUCUGAAAUGCAGCCAAUUAAAAGCAGAGAGAAGUAUUCUGCUCUGGGAUGACGGUAUCCUGUUCAGUGUUACAUGUUUAUCUUAACACAUGUAUGUCCUUCCAGGUGAAGAACAUAAAUCCGGAGCCAGCAAUACCUACCCCUGUGGCUGACUAUACAGAUCGAGUUGCCAGUUCUGUGGGUUACUCGGUUUCUGAAGUUCCUGUACAACAGAUCUAUAAUGACAAUAGCUACAGAGCUACUCCGUAAGUAUAAAUGUUCCUGUUUUUUUUCUAAUUGAAUGGACACAAUGCAAUAGAAAGACCACACAGGAUCAAUAUUAAGCAAUUCAAAGCAGGUUGUGAUAUCAUUUUCUCCUGCCACCCCCCCUUUCGGAACAUUAAUCAGUUACUAAGAUUCCUGUUGACAAAACUGUAACACUGACCUGCAGUUGAAAGGGGUGGGGGGCAGUAACAGCGGCAGAUUCAGGGGAGUGCGACUGGUUCACCUGCACUGGGUGCUGAAUUUUGGCAUUACACAGGGUCCUACUGAAAUUUGAAAGUCCAAAUUCUGACACUGGCAGUGAUCCCAGGAUCUGAAUUACACCUUUGUUUUGGAUCAUGGAUUAGUUUAGGUGAACAGCUGGCAGAUAGGUUAACUAGCUAGGUUGAGGAUGGGGUGAAGGGUGGUUGUUUUAAGCUUUUCUUACAUGAAGUUCUCCAGCCUAGAGGGGAUAGGAAAACUUCAAUAAAUAAAUAACACUUGGAUCUGACCUGUCCAGAGAGUUAAGAGACUAGGGUGUUUGAAAAAAAGCAUACUGUUGAUCUUCAUCUCGUAGCUACAUAUCACUUUGUAAUAUACAGGAUUUAUUUGUUACAGUGUUCAUCUAGGAUGUGCAUAGCUUUGUGGGGGUUUUUUCUUCAAUAUUCUGAGGUAAAAGCAAGGCUGGAGCCUGAGUGGGUAUACUUUUCAAGGUAUGCAGACCUAACAAUAAAAGUGCAAAUAUUUUAUAAAAUGUAGAAUGUCCACAUUCACACUUACACAACCUGAGAGAACAAACACAGGCCCUGUGCUUUUAAGAGCGUAGUUUCAUGGUUACACUGCUGUUUACUUUUCGUGUGUGUCCUCCACUGUUUAAUAAGUAUUUGGAUAAGGAUAACCAAUCCGCAUUUUGAUAACCUAGGAAGUAAACAUACACUUACAGUCCUCUGGAAGUAAGUCUUGCUGAGUUCUGUGGGACUUGUUGUCAGAUAAGGGCAUAGGAUUACAGACUUAGUCCCUUGGGUGUAUUGUUCUUUCACUGUUGCACCCUGCAUUUCAUAGCAUUUUGUAAGGGAAUUUAUGAUGAAAACAAUAACAUAAAGCCAACACCUAGAAACAUUAAAGCAGCGCUAAGAAUCCUAACUCUAGGGAUUUUUAAAGAAUGAGCAGUACUAUCCUAUCUUCCUUCAUGCAUCUUGUAAAUACUGAACAGCCUUUAAAAAAACUUCUCCCAAGUUCUUGGGUGUGUGGAAAUUUUUAAAAAGCUUUUAAUCAAGAGCCAAUAUCAACUUAGGGGUGUGUUGGGAGAACGUUAAGCAUAGUGAUUUGAAAGAAUCAUGUUAUCCUCUGGGCUUGUAGAGGUUGCUUGAAGAGAUUGCUCUUCUUGUAAUAUUCUCUGGCUCCAUUGUUUAGAAAAUUGACUUGCCUUCUAUUACAGUGGUACCUCAGGUUACAAAAGCUUCAGGUUACAGACUCCACUAACCCAGAAAUAGUGCUUCAGGUUAAGAACUUUGCUUCAGGAUGAGACCAGAAAUCGUGCUCCGGCGGCUCGGUGGCAGCAGGAGGCCCCAUUAGCUAAAGUGGUGCUUCCGGUUAAGAACAAUUUCAGGUUAAGAACGGACUUCCGGAACGAAUUAAGUACUUAACCCGAGGUACCACUGUAUUGGCUUCCAUUGCCCACUUGCUCAUCAAGCGUUCCUUACAUCAGGUAGUAUGCCCUCCAGAUGUUUUGGACUAGAACUCCCAUCAACCCUAGCAAGCAUGGCCAAUGGCCAGGAAUUAAUGGGAAAUGCAGUCUAUAACAUCUGGAGCGCAUCAUACCGGCUGCCACUGCCUUAGGUGAUGUGUUGGUGGUUUAUCAUUACUUUGCCCCCAUGUAUCACCUUUUAAUUGGGUUCAAAAGGAACUGGUGAUCAGAAAGUAUGUCGUUCAUCCAGCUUGCCUUUGUACCUUCAGAACUAUGUUUUGUCUGGAAGAUAGCCAUAGUUGAACUUAUUAGUUAUUCUGCUUAUGAAUGAACAUAAUGGAAUAAGGACAGUCCUUGCAUACAUAUUACAUGAAAUAGCGCUGUAAUGAAUGGUUGUCAAAGGUUGAUGGCCAUGUUUUGAGAGGUGCAGCAACACCAUCCUGCUUGCAAAUUUAGCUCACAAGUGAAGAUUUCAUAAUGUUCUCAGUCUCUAUAUUGAAUGAAAUAAAAACACUGCAUUCAUUGGGCGGGGGCAGGCGGGGCAGCUUGUCACAUUAGUGGCAUUCAGAAGUUUCACAACCAUGUCUUAACCUAGAAUGUGUAAGUCCCUUGGUCAUCUGGGGUCUAAUUGCAGGAAAUAAAUUGACCGCGGGGGGGCCUAAUAUUUUUAUCGCCAUGCAUUGGAAAGUGUUCUACCAGCCCAAUCAAGUUUCUUUGUAGCUUAGAGUUGGGCAGGGAUCACCCUUGAGCAGAUGGAAGAAGAUGUGUUCCCCACCACCUUCAAGCUAGAAAGGAAGGCUAUGUUGCUAAAACACUCAUCAUGGCAUGGCAGGCAAACAGCUAGAGAGGAAGGUUUGGGGCAUCUGUUUGACUGGUGCUCAAGCCACCUCAACUAGUCCCUGCCAAAACAAACUCCUGUUGUCUCACCGCAGUUCCCCCAAAAUAGAACUGGAAAUUGUGCCUGACCUCCCAUGGAGGCACAGCGUAAGGUCAAUUACUACAGCUGCAACUCUAUGCCUGUUAACCUAGGAAGAAGACCCAAUGAAUGCAACGAGACUGACUUUCAAAUAAAUAUACCCAGGAUUGCAUUGAAAGCAAAAGGCAGGGUCCUAGAAACCACACCAUUUUGGCUAUCGGGGCCAGCCAAAAUGUGCCUGACCCAAGAUGUGCCACUCUUGUUUUCUCACUUAAAGACUAAGUUAAAUGUAAACCACCUUCAGUAAUGGCUAAACACAAGUCUCAGGGUGGUUUACAUAAUUAAAAAUAAGUUUUGUUAUGAAUAUUGGUCUGACCCUUCCCAAAACUGCCCCCAACUAUGGCUAUAGCAGGGAGGGUCAGAACCAUAUUCACAGUAAAAUUUAAUUUUAAUUAUGUGAGCCAUGUUGAGAGGGGCUUUCAGUAUCAAAAAAGACAUGACAAAACACAGAAGAUGAUGAGGGAAACUAAGGCAGGAUGUAUCUCUGGUAGUUUCACUUGCACAUACUGAGGUUUGCUUACAGAAGGAUUUGAAGACUGUUGUGUGUGUGCCAAAGAAAACAAUAAUUAAUAUCAUUUUGUCUUAGAUUCUUGAAGUCAACUGUUUUCUGUAAAUGACAGGGAGAUUAAAUGUGUCCAACAUUUUAUUUCAUCAAGUUCAAUACGUAGGUCCCUUUUGUUCAUAUUUUAAUCAUUAGUUUACUAAAGCUGAACAGUAACUCUGAGCCCUUAGAAUUACAGGGGUUACUCUGAUUAACAUUUCUAGAGAAGGGUACCAGCUUAUGCUGCAGAGCAGAAAGUAUCUGGCAUGACUUCGCUGACUUUGUUACCUGUUGCAUUAGUCCCCCUGACUUCGUACAACAGCUCUUAGACAAUAGUGUCAUUUUGUGUGGUGAGGAAAAUAAUCUUAACAUUGGGAAGCCUAGCAUUGACAACCAGCAGUCUUUAUUUUGUCUUUCUUAAUAUCUGCUCAGUGGAAAUGAAUUGUUUUUGUUUUGUAACAGGAUACCUGAAGUGAAUUUAACAAAGAGCCCAAUGCCACCUCAGUAUGCCAACACUAGCAGUUACAAUGGGUCAGCUAAGGAGCCAGCACAAAAAGGAAGAGCAGGAAGAGCAAAGAGAACCUACACUGACAACUAUGAUGCAGAUUACACCACUGGAGGAGAGUCUUGUGAUGAACUGGAGGAGGACUGGGACAGGUAUGGACAAUUCCAUAAAACCUGGGCAUUGGUACCAUGUUAAUGGCAGCCUGGUUGUAGAGCAUCAGUACAGAGAACCCCACUUAUUCUAACUCAAGUUGAUGCAGGUUACCAUGAGGCUUUAACAGGUAGCAUAAAUGGAAACUGGAUAUGAAAUUCAGAAGUUGAUGUCAUCUACUUGUUAGUGAAAAGCUAGUAUUUCAGUAGGGAAAAUAAAAGUGCAGUGCCUUUCCUACUACUGAUGGAAGCAUCACUGUGUUUGAAUAUAAGUAUUUUACAUGAAUGUGAUGGAUUGAAAAAUUAGUUGCUGUAGCUUCUGUGUGUUACCUACCUAUUAAGGUGUCAAUCUUGUAUGUUAGUGCAGAGCAGGAAAAUGAAGGGAGGUGCAGGCAGAUGUCAUAUUUUGGAACAUUAUUAGCCUCUGAAAACUGCCUGCUGAAACUGACUCAUCCUGAGCUGCUGCUUGUAUGCAUACUUGGAAGGUCUCUGUUUUUAGAAUCUGGUCACAAGUAUGUAAGAUUUCAGAAAUGGCUCUUCCUGUGUUUCAGUGAUAUGAUUCAGUUGGUUAAAAGUUGUUGGAUCACUGCUUAAAUAGGUAAAAACUGACCAGCAAUUAAGUAAAUAUACCUCACUCUAAUCAGAUAGUAACAUAGUUUGUGAAAUUCUUGAUUUGUCCCUUAACAGACCUUUUUGUAAGUAAAACUUAUAGUAACCAAUUUUCAAAAUAAGAGGUACAAAUGAAAUGCACUCCGGCUACCCUUUAUAUAACCUGAGUUAGAAACUCAAGUGUGUUAUGCGUAACUAUGGCAACUCAUGCGGUCAGCCAAGAUAAUGAAGUAUGAAGGAAAGCACGCAUUGCUUGUUAAGUAAACAGUGCCCUUUCCAUGCAUGUGCCCAAUCAAUGUGCAAAAAACAUAUUAUGUGGAAUGCAUAUUCGUGUGUGUGUGUGUGUGUGUGUGUGUGUGUGUGUGUCUGAGAGAGAGAGAGAGAGAGAGAGAGAGAGAGAGAGAGAUUUCUUUGGGUAACCAUAUGUACAUGGAAAAAAGAUGGAGCCCAAAAUAGUGGUAAUAAUUUCUAGAAACUGAAGUCUUGCUGAAGGAAAGUUGCAAAUGGUCUACCAUCAUGACUUUAUAUGGGAUUGUUACUCAGUAUAAAAACUAUAAUAAUAUGCAUACCAUAAGCACGUUGGUACGUUGCCUGUCUGGUUCUUUCAUUUCAUGACUGAAAAAAAUAGGAAGUGUUCAGUGACAUACUUGUGUAGUCCAUUUGAUCAAAUCAGGUUAAAUAGCAUGUCAAUGUUCAUUUCAAAAAUAUGCUGUGAUAUUGUCUUAAAAAUGUAAUUUAACAAGCAAGUGUUGCAAUAUACUGCAGAAAUCGUUGACAUGAAGUAACUUUCUGGGAUUGAGAAUUCUUCUUGGGAAAACAAACAUGAUAUUUGUUGUUUUUUCAAUUUAUUAACAUGUUUCUUUUGCACAGGUUAAUGUUUAGUACAGUGAAAACUUUACUCUUUAAAGGUGUGGAAUUGUACUUCUUUAUUAUGGCAUUGGCUCAUCUUUGUACAAGGCUCCUAUAGGCAUUUGCCAGUUCUAGUAGAGAAUGCGGAUCUAAAUUCUACAUUUUCAUGCUUUGACCAACUGAGAUUAAUUUGCAUCAUAGGUAUCCUUUCCCUAUAAACAAAUGCUAAAUCAGCAAGUCUCUCUGCAACUGCCCACUCCAUUUCUACAAACAAUGACGUUUAAAUCACUCUUCAUCCAGGGAAUAUCCACCUGUAUCAUCUGAUCAACAAAGGCAAGCAUACAAGCGAGAUUUCGAUGCAGGUCUACAAGAAUACAAGCGGUUGCAAGCAGAGCUUGAUGAAAUCAGCAGAGAAAUUUCUCGUCUUGAUAAAGAAUUGGAUGACUACCCUGAAGACAGUGAAGAAUAUAGGGUAAUUUCAUUCAUUGAAAUAUAUUGCGAUGUGAGUGUUGCUUUAGUGGUACAUACACCUUUUGCCUCCUGAGAGAAUUUUGGACAUUAGAAUUAUGUCUGCAUCUGCACAUGUGCUGUAAUAUGCACUAAAUUCGCUUGCAUCCCAUCUCCCAGAACUACAGUCUAGCUAAGGCUGUGCAGGGUAGGAUAUCCCUCCAGAUGUUGUCAGAUUCCAACUCCCAUCAACCCCACCCAGCAUGGAUGAUGGGCAUUGCACUGGACAUCAUAUUUCUCAUGCAGAAGGACCCGGGUUCCAUCCUUGGCAUCUCCACUUAAAACAUUCUUAAGCAAUAGGUCAGGGAAGGAGCUCUGCCUUGAAGAGUCACUGAAAAGAGCAAAAGAUUGGUGAAGUGACUCAGUGGUGUUUUGGUGAAGGCAAAUUUGUAUUUUUUAUGGCUCUUCUUUGUUUUUUUGAAAUGUGGCUUUAGAUGUUGAACGCAGUAUUAGUAGCCAAUGGGCAACUAUUAUUAGUCCCAUAUGCUUUCCCCUAAAAAAAUCACAGGCUAUUAAAGUCUGUGAUACUGUAAUUAAAAAGGAACCAGGAAAGAAGCACCUAAACUCCUAAUAAUCAAUGCAGUGUUUGUUGAAACCAACUCUAACCGUAGGCUUCCCUUAGGCUAGGUAGCUGGAAGCAGUUUUCCCUUUCCGAAGAAAGGAUGUUGCUCUUUGAUCUGAAAAGACAGAUCUAUAAGUUACUGUAAUGUAGAAAGCAGUCCUUAAUACUAAUACUGACUGGGACUCAAAUGCCUGUAGCUUUAGAGGAAGUAACAUGCUUGAUAAAGGAGCUUUCUAACCUACUUCUUCCAACAAGAAUCCCAAGUGUUGUGGGAGUUAGCAAUGUGGAAAGUAUUUAAUGUUGGUGACCUCUGAGGAAGACUUUUGGGGCUGACUGCACAAUGUUUGCUGCUUCCUUUUUCUUUCUGAAGGAUCUGAGUCAGCUUUUGAGUGAAUACACUGAUGAAAUAAUGGGAUAUUUUUCUCUGUCUCCUUUCCUGCUGUUUGUUGCUCAAUCCCCUUUUCUAGCCUCUUUAGCACUGCUUAAAGAUAGAGACUCUGGCCCUUGUCAGUGGUCAAUCAGUCUAGACUCCUACAGUGGCUAUCUCUGAUCUCCCCCCCCCCCCCCCAAUAACCUAUCAGCUAGCUUCCUGGAAACUACUCCUUAUUUAGGCUGAGUUAAACCAUUACUCCAUCCAUCCCAAUGUUGUCAUCUUUGAUUGGUGGUGGCUUAUGUGGGUUAUAGAAAUCAAGGAAACUGCAUUAAAAAGUUGGACCAUUUGACUAUCUAUUUGAGUACAGUGGUACCUUGGAUUAAGUACUUAAUUUGUUCCGGAGGUCUGUACUUAACCUGAAACUGUUCUUAACCUGAAGCACCACUUUAGCUAAUGGGGCCUCCUGCUGCUGCUGCGCCGCCGGAGCACGAUUUCUGUUCUCAUCCUGAAGCAAAGUUCUUAACCUGAGGUACUAUUUCUGGGUUAGCGGAGACUGUAACCUGAAGCGUAUGUAACCCGAGGUACCACUGUAUUGCCAUUCCUGGGCUUCAGACACGAGUCUUUGCAAGCUUUACUUGGAGGAGUUGGGGAUUGAACCUGGGACAUUCUGCAUGCAAAGCCCGUGGGUUAUCACUGAACCAUACCUCUCCUUCCCCACUCCCAAGUAGUGUGUGGUCUCCAGUCCCUAUUUGUGAAGGAUCGGGGUAGAUGGGAAUUCCUCAAACAGAUGCCUGUGCUUGCAGGCUUUCCAUAGGCAUCUGUUUGAGAAAAGAAUGGUAGCCAAGAUGGGCCUUUGCUCUGAUCCAGCCAGGCUCUCCUUAUGUUCCUGCAACUGUUCUUGUCACCAAUAAAGAUAUUGGUUUAAUAGUUAAAUAUUUAUACAUGCAUCAUAAUGAAGCCUGCCUCCAUUCUGCUUUUGUGUUUUGCUAAUGUUUGUGAUAUCUAAUUUGAGUUAUUUUUACUUGUAGUCUGCUGCUGAAGAAUACAACCGACUGAAGGAUAUAAAGGCAGUAAGUAGUUUACUUAAGUAAUCUCUGCGUAAACCAAGAUAUCUCCUGUUGCAGCAGGCUGUGUAACCCACUUUGAAAGAAGUACGGUUGGAUUGUCAAUUUUUGCAGACUUUCAGUGGCUGCUUCCUGAAACCUGUUGCAAUUGUUUUUGUCUUCUAAAAAGCUUGUGGUGUCUUUUCAAAAACACUAGUCAUCCCACAGUUGUUGAUUUUUGUUCUUCACCAGUUUGGACCUAAGUCAUUGAACAUAUGUGCAACAUGAUGGGGCUAGAAGUGUCCCAGAUGUGUUGCAGUAAUCCUUGGCCACGGAACAUGUAGACUUCAACUGUGACUGAGUUCUUGUUGAACAAGUUGCCAAGUUAACAUAGCCUGGAUGACUCUGGCCCAGGUGAUUUCUGUCUAGGAGAGGGUGCAGUUGGCACACCAGCCUCAGCUGGUGAAAGGGUUUCUGUGCCACCAGUACCACUUUAGCCUCCAGUGGAAAAGUUGGAUCUACGGAUUCUGUCACUGAAUCUACAGGUGAGGGGGCCAGGCAGCCUCUGGUGGGCAAGAUGAAACCAAUUUUCCUCUGAACACUGGAGCUAUGGAAGAGAGAGGAUGAAUCACCAGAGUUUGGCAGAAGGCUAAGAUCUGUCUUGGUUUUAUACUGUCCAGGUACAAGCUCAUAGCCAUAGCAAUCCUCUGCCUCCCAGCUCCAGCUCUUAAGAAUUUGGCUCUGACCUGAUGGAUAUUCCAAAAUUCAGACCACUUUGCAGGUUGCAGGUUUGCAGAGGCAGGGCAAGCCGAGGUUGGGCUUGCAUCUGUCCCUGUCAAAUACAGAGCCAAAAUAUGUUCAGUUUCUAGCUGUUUGGGGUGUUUCCCUCCCUGCACCAAUAUUGGACAGAAUCUAAUGUUGGGUGUGUUCACCAUAUGAAUUCUUACUGUUAAAGCGGCAGCCUGCUUUUCAAACUGUUGUAUUUGAACUGUUCUGUCUCUUUUAAAACAGAAGCACAGCUAUUGGUCUGCCGUACAUGUUCCUUCCGUUUAUUCCCCCCCCCCCUUUUUAACAAAUUUUCAUUGGUUUUUAAACAAAUACAAUGACCAUUAAACACUUAUCUAGCAGUACAUCUAAGGGUGCUUGUUUUAUGCAUUGUCUUUAGACAUUUACACAUUCAAAAUUCAAACUUACGUGUUCCUUCAGUUUUGAACAGAAGCACAUGAGGUCAUAUCCCUUGGUGAUUAUUCUGCAAAUUCAUUGUUUUAAGGACUUCAUAAACUAUUGAGAGUUUCAGAAUAGGCUCAUUUGUCUCUUCUGAUAGUGAUCACUUUGAAUGAAUAAGACAGUAUAUUAUUCUAGCGUUUUUAAGAUGAAAUUUGAUUUACUUCACUUAUUAAUAGUUUUCAUUCUGUGUUUUAGUCAGCAGACUAUAAGAACCGCAAAGCCCACUGCAAAGUACUAAAGAGCAAACUGUCGCACAUCAAGAGGAUGGUCAGUGAUUAUGACAGACGAAAGUCAUAA